GCAGGGCCGCCCACCCCGGGAGCCACGAUUGCCUGGGAGCUGCGGGAGGAGGAGACACAGAGAAGGAGAGAAAGAGAGAGAGGCGGCGGCGGCCGCUCAGCCCGCGGGUGCGCGGAGCGCGGGAGGCGGAGCGCUAGUCUGGGUGGCCGCGGGCGAGUGUGCGCGCCCGGCCGGAGAGCUGCGGGAAGGAGGACCCGCACCCCGAGCGCCCCGCCUGGCCUCUUCUCGCGUGCACCUAGCACCGCUGCUGCACAGACACACACCCACCGAACGCCACCGAGCACCCGCCGCCCCCGCCGCCGCCGCCACCGCCGCCGCGCCUCGGGCAGCGGGAUCCAGAGCCAAGUCCGGGGCUGGCGCGGCGCGCAGAGCACCACUUGAUUUUUUUUUUCCCCCUUCACUCCAGCCCUCUCUGAUCUGGGCGGCGGCGGGCAGGGGGAUGGGGGCUCUAGGCGGGGAAAGGGGGUGACGAUCGAGGAAGAUUAUUGUUCUUUUUAAAGGAUGUCUUCGCUUCCUCCCAAUGAGUCUUCUGUGAGCCUUCCUACUAGAGGCUGCCAACCGGAGUGAGGGAUGUAAAGAGAGAAGGAAAACCGCCCGGAGCUCCAGCCAGCAGGGGAGACCCUCCUCUCUGCAGAGGGGAGGGGGAUUUCCAACGACACAGCAUUGACGAAAGGGACCUUCGUAGGAGAGGAGCCCUCCGAGGGAGCGGGGAAUCCCACCGCCCUUUGUGGCACAGGAGCCAGGGCUGCUGGCUGCGUGGAGCGGGGUCUGUGGGAGCUAGCUGCCAUGGAGAUGCCUGCUCCGGAGGAGUCCUGCUGCAGCUGACCUCCUCUUUAAGGACCCUGGCUCUGUGGUUCUGUCCAGUUCAAAAUGGCAGAAAAGGCUCCACCUGGCUUGAACAGGAAGACGUCCAGGUCGACACUUUCUCUUCCUCCAGAACCUGUGGACAUUAUCCGAAGCAAAACGUGCUCUCGGAGAGUUAAGAUCAACGUGGGGGGACUUAACCACGAAGUCCUGUGGAGAACUCUGGAUAGGCUACCCAGGACACGCUUGGGGAAGCUUCGAGACUGUAACACGCACGAGAGCCUCCUGGAGGUAUGCGAUGACUACAAUCUUAACGAGAAUGAGUAUUUCUUCGACCGACAUCCUGGAGCUUUCACGUCUAUUCUAAACUUCUACCGAACAGGGAAGCUCCACAUGAUGGAAGAAAUGUGUGCACUCUCUUUUGGCCAAGAGCUUGAUUACUGGGGCAUCGAUGAGAUCUACUUAGAAUCCUGCUGCCAAGCCAGAUACCAUCAGAAGAAAGAGCAGAUGAAUGAAGAACUGAGGCGGGAGGCAGAGACCAUGCGUGAGCGGGAGGGAGAGGAGUUUGAUAACACCUGCUGCCCUGAGAAAAGGAAGAAACUUUGGGACUUGCUGGAGAAACCGAAUUCGUCCGUGGCUGCAAAGAUCCUGGCCAUCGUGUCUAUCCUGUUCAUCGUACUCUCCACCAUCGCUCUGUCUCUCAACACACUUCCGGAGCUGCAGGAAAAUGAUGAAUUUGGGCAACCAAGCGACAACCGCAAGCUGGCACACGUAGAGGCUGUGUGCAUCGCUUGGUUUACCAUGGAGUACCUUUUACGAUUUCUGUCCUCACCGAACAAAUGGAAAUUCUUUAAAGGCCCACUGAAUGUCAUUGACCUGCUGGCCAUCUUACCAUAUUAUGUCACCAUCUUUCUCACCGAGUCCAACAAAAGUGUGCUGCAGUUCCAGAAUGUGAGACGCGUGGUCCAGAUCUUCCGAAUCAUGCGCAUCCUCAGGAUCCUGAAACUCGCCAGACACUCGACUGGCCUGCAGUCUCUGGGCUUCACCCUCAGACGAAGUUACAAUGAGUUGGGCUUAUUAAUAUUAUUUCUGGCUAUGGGCAUAAUGAUAUUUUCCAGCUUGGUGUUUUUUGCUGAGAAAGAUGAAGAUGCUACCAAAUUCACCAGUAUCCCUGCAUCAUUUUGGUGGGCCACCAUCACCAUGACCACUGUGGGCUAUGGUGACAUUUACCCUAAAACACUGUUAGGGAAAAUUGUGGGUGGUCUCUGCUGUAUUGCAGGAGUCCUGGUUAUUGCCCUUCCUAUACCCAUCAUUGUGAACAAUUUCUCUGAAUUCUAUAAGGAGCAAAAACGCCAGGAGAAAGCUAUUAAAAGGAGAGAGGCUCUUGAAAGAGCCAAAAGGAAUGGCAGCAUUGUUUCUAUGAACUUAAAAGAUGCCUUUGCUCGAAGUAUGGAACUGAUAGACGUGGCUGUGGAGAAGGCUGGAGAGUCAGCCAAUACCAAGGACUCUGUGGAUGAUAAUCACCUGUCUCCAAGCCGGUGGAAGUGGGCCAGGAAGGCUCUGUCGGAAACAAGCUCCAAUAAGUCUUACGAGAAUAAGUACCAGGAGGUUAGCCAGAAAGACUCCCACGAACAGCUGAACAACACUUCUUCCUCCAGCCCACAGCAUCUGAGUGCCCAGAAACUGGAGAUGCUCUACAACGAAAUCACCAAGACACAGCCUCAUUCCCACCCAACCCCAGACUGCCAAGAACAGCCCGAGAGGCCAUCUGCGUAUGAGGAGGAGAUCGAAAUGGAAGAGGUGGUCUGCGCACAGGAGCAGCUGGCGGUGGCACAGACCGAGGUCAUCGUGGACAUGAAGAGCACCUCCAGCAUUGACAGCUUCACCAGCUGUGCCACUGACUUCACAGAGACAGAGAGAUCCCCCCUGCCACCCCCCUCUGCCUCUCAUUUGCAGAUGAAGUUCCCCACUGACCUCCCAGGAACAGAUGAGCACCAAAGAGUCAGGGCACUUCCAUUUCUAACACUGAACAGAGACAAGGGGCCUGCUGCCAGGGAGGCUACACUGGAUUAUGCCCCAAUUGAUAUAACUGUGAACCUCGACGCUGGGACUUCACAUGGUCCUUUGCAGCCUGACAGUGCCACUGACAGCCCUAAGAGCUCCCUGAAAGGGAGCAACCCCCUCAAGUCCAGAUCCCUCAAAGUGAACUUUCAGGAAAACAGAGGCAGUGCACCCCAGACCCCACCCAGCACAGCCAGGCCACUGCCAGUAACCACAGCUGACUUUCCGCUCACCACCCCUCAGCACAUCAGUACCAUCCUUCUAGAAGAAGCCCUUCCCCAGGGAGAGAGACCCUUGCUGGGUGCUGAUGCUUCAGCACACUGUCAGGGAUCUUCCAGAGGACUCUCCCCUCGAUUUCCCAAGCAAAAACUGUUUCCUUUCUCUUCUAGAGAAAGAAGGAGCUUCACGGAAAUAGACACUGGAGAUGACGAAGACUUCUUGGACCUCCAAAGGUCAAGACCAGACAAGCAAGCAGACUCCAGCCCCAACUGCUUAUCAGAUAAGCCUGGAGAUGCCAGAGACCCUUUAAGAGAAGAGGGCUGUGUGAGCUCCCCCUCCCCUCAGAACACAGACCACAACUGUAGGCAAGACAUUUACCAGGCUGUGGGUGAAGCCAAAAAGGAUAGUAGUCAAGAAGGGUACAAGAUGGAGAACCACUUGUUUGCCCCAGAAAUUCAUUCCAACCCAGGAGACACGGGUUACUGUCCCACCCGUGAGACCAGCAUGUGACUAGUUAUAAAAGCAAUAAAAAACUUCUUUCUUAAAAAUGCGAUUAAUAAUGCCGUGAACUAAAAUAUGGGAAACCCCUCACCCCCCCCAAAAAAAAACAGUGCAUAAAAUGUUAUUUUUGCAUGGCAUGAACAGUUUAGUUUAAGUACUGUUUAAAUAAAGAGUCAAGACUGCAUUUUGUAACAAACGAAACUGAGUCAAGAGCAGCGAGCAAAUAAAAAGCUGUAUUAGGAACCAGUGCUCUGCAAUGUCUGACAUUUUUGAUCCUUUCAUUUCGAACUGCAGGCAGGUUUCCGGUCUUAACUUUUACAUUGCCAUGAAUUUUAGGAUUUGCACAUGAAAGGAUGAAAUGUCAUUGCAUGUGUUCAUGCUUAUGGGGAGUAAGGUGCUUUGAGCUUGCAAAAUGCAUAACUCUGUACAUAGGCCUGGAUGCAGAAGUCUCAAGAACACGUGGACACGAGUUCCUGAGACACAGGUAAUCCUUCACAGCUAUUGCCUGGAGGAGCUGUCCAGACUUCCUGUUGCAAAACUGCAACCUCUUCUUAACCCACUUUCCUUGUGCAUCUUGCUUUGGAUUAUAAAGCUCUUAUGUUUGUUUAAAGGAAUACAGUAUUUUUAUUUAUUUGGGAUAUAAUUCAGAGGGUAUGUUUAUAUGUAUUUUUAUUUAUUUGGAAUAAAAUUCAGAGGGCAUUUUUUCUUUCUUUUGCUUUUGCUUAGUUGCAUUUGUGGUGUCAUUUACAAAUCAUGGAAAUCAGUAAGAUUUAACGACCAGAUGUCAAGUACUUAGAAUUUAAGCUUGAACUUUUGCCUACAAAUUAAAUACCAUGUCACAGACUAUUACAGAAACUCAGUUUUCAUAAACUUGAAAAUGUAUAGAAGGUUCUAUCAUAAAAUAAAAAAUUUAAAUAGUUAUUCCACACUUGGAAAUCAUCUUUAAAACAAUUUCUUUUGGCACUGCACACAUGGCUGUAUUUUCCUUUGGUGUCCAGCAUACAAGUUAAGAUCUGUUAAAAUGGAAAUUCCACAAAGUGACUGUUGGCAAACUGAAAGUAGAGCCCCCUUCCUUGACAGAGCUGGUCCCCAAAUGAGGUGCCAUGCUAGGAGCCCAGGUCUGGAGAUGGACCACAAAAUCCUUUUCAAUGUAGGAUAGAGAUGUAGAAUGACACUACCAGUCCUGGACGGAUGCUGUUCUUGCAGACUUUGAAUCCUUCCCAAGCAGGGCAAGAGCACUCUCAGUAACUGCAGCAACUGGACUGGCUCUCUCAGGUUUCCAAGCCCCCAGAACCCCCUAGAAGAGGUCAGGACUCUCCUUGCUGAGAGUCCCUUCUGGCACUUUCUUACAGAGCACACUGAAUGCAAAGGCACUGGGCACUGGAGGUUGCCCACUCACUGGACUCAUCUGCUUCGUGGAAACCGAGGCUCUCGUUACUGAUGAUCAGCUACCAGCCAUGCGGUCUCCGGAAUGACUCUACAACCUCUUGUGAUCUCACUUGUAUCGGAAUAAAAACAAAGACCAAAUUAUUUCUAGGCCCCCUUAAGAUCUCAAAUGAAUGAUUUCUACUUUCCUGGCAAUGCUCAGGUUUUGCCUCAGCAAAAUGUAUUUUGUGCGUGUGUGUAUAGAGCUGAGAGAACUGGAAAAACUGAUAGGACAAACUAAAAGCAAAGCUUAUUGUUUAAGGAAAAAAAUCUAAAUUUUAUUCUUUUUUAAAAGGAAAUCCAUUCAGGAAAGAAUAGCCCAAAUAUUUAUAAUCUAAUAUUAAGUCUUUAAUAUUUCUUAAUUAAGAGCCUCUGGUCAUUAAAUCUCAGAUCAAAAAAUAAAUUGUGGUUUUUGUUAAAAUCCAAGCAGUCCUGAUGUUAAAACUAAUUUAAGACAUUUGUUUUAUCCCGCUGUGCUUAGAAUUUCUUAAUGGUUUUCAUGUUUGUUUCAAAACAUAACCCUUGAGAGUUUAUAGUCAUUAAUCAUUAAUAUUUAUAUUAUGCAUACUUCUUUUAGUGUCUAAAGACUACAUGUUGAUCAGUUUUUGUAAAUCUAGAGUAUUUGAAUUUUCUAUAUAUAGUUUUUCAAAGUCAAGUAGGUAUAUCUAUUGUUAGAUGACUAGCAAAUAAGUUACAAAGAUCAUUUUCUUCAUACAGCUCAUAAAGCAGUUAUUUUCUAAUGUCUCCAAUUGAUGAAUCUCUAUUUUUUUUAUUCAUCUGGCUUCAUAAGUGGACUUACUGCCCUGCCAAAUGACCAGUGUCCUACCCUCCGUGUGUCUGUCAGGCCUUCUACUGAGAGCCCUGUUCUAUAACGCUUACCAUGGGGACCCUUACCCAGUCCAAAAGUCUCUGGUGUUUUUCCUGGAAGCAUUUUUCCUAAAAAGUCUCUCCCUGUCAUUCUAAAGGUUUGCUAGGAAGGUUUCUGUUUGUUUUGUUUCUAAGUUUUAAAGAAUUAAAAAAAAAUCCCUUGGAAAUCUCAUCCUUUGAGUUCUCUUAGUUCCUCUGAACCAAAAGUCUUCAGCUAGGAGAAAAGAAAGAAAAACUUCCUCUAGGAAAUCUUUGACUUUGCUGUUUCACAUGGAGGUAUCUCCCAGAAUACACCUGUGAAGCCCUUCCAAACUUCAGCAAAUGGUAUCUAACUCAGAGAAGAAUGUGUCUGUCUGGAAAGACCUGGAGACCUGGAUACAUACACCUAUCAAGUGCAGAGUUCUUUUGAAGUCUUCUGUGUUCUACAUUAAAAGUUCAUGUCCAUGCAGCAACUUACUCUAUGAUAUAUGUUUUAGUAUUUUUUAAUGAUGUUUUAUAUUUCUCAUCAACAGGAAAACUGAGUCUUAUGACUUCAAAUACCUCUUUUGUAUCCCUUGAAAAACACCACCCAGGUUUAGAAAGGACUGCCUGAAUGGGCUAUUGGAAGGUUGCACUUCCAAGAGUUCAUUUCAUCGUUAGUUAGCUCAGCGAUCAGGAAUAAAGGCCAAUGAAAAAGGCUAUUUGAAUGGCCUCAAAAUAGUAUGGUCCCUCAAAUGGCUAAGAUGUAUCUGCUGGCUGUCUUAACCAGCACAAAUUGCCCCAAGAUGUUUUUAUCUCAAAGAUAAUAGCAUAGGAAUGAGUGUGCAUUGAGUACUGGGAUGGAGAUCAAUGGUAAAAAACCUGCCUGGCACCAUGACACCCUGGUUAAUCCCCAACACUGCAGAAAACAAAAGAAAAAGGGAAGAAAGGAAGAAAUUCCUUAAGGAGGUCCACAAGCGUAUACCAAGUGGGUCCCUGAAAUUGACUUAAUUGUUCUCGAAAUAUUUCACUAGUAAUUCCCUCACCCUGACACAGUCGACUGCCUUGAAGCAAGAUGUGAUCAAACACUAUCAUGAUGAGACUAGAUCUGGUACAAAGAGAGUAUGUGCCCACUGUCUGACCCCAUAUUCUCUUGUUCAUAUUCUUAUUUUCAUGGUGGCCAUGAAAAUUUCACAAUUUAUUUUCUCUUGAAAUUAGAAAGGAAGGAAAAAAGCUUAGGUAUGUAGGCUACUUCACAGUUCUAUCAAUGUCUAAAAUUAUGUAAAUAAACAGGAACCAUAUUGAUAACAUAAAGGUUUUUUUUAAAAAAGUAGCAAGAAAGUCUGUGAGGUAGUACAGGCCUGAUAAUUAAUAUGAACCAAGUUAGGCACUUAUAUUUGCCAGUUGGGAAUUCUGGCCAUAGUGUACAUGUCCCUUAGCAUAGGAGAAAGCCCCAUUAUUUACAAUGUGACAGGGCACACACAUGAGGGAGACUAUGGAAAGCCACUUGCUCUUCCUAACCAAAAGCAGACAGAAUUAAAUUACCUCCAGUCUAAACUAAAACACAUCACUUAUUGAAUUUAGUCACAUUGUGCUGUUUACCCAUUCAGAUGAUACUAGAUGAACUCUCCCUCUUCCAUGCCAAUUACAGGAGCUGGGCAAAGGUACAGCUCUUAGCCUCAUGGAGCUUCCCAUCACUUUCAGCUAUACCACCAAUACAAAGGUGAAGAUGCUUGGGGUUACUGCCCAAAGGUCACCUAACAGGCUGAAAAAAAUCACCCAAUGAUCCCAUCAGAGAACUAUAGAACAUAAAUAAAUUAUAUCACUUUCCCAAAGAACAUUUUCCUAAGAAAGAGAUGAAUUGUAUAAAGUCUAAUUUAUAAUUAAGUUUGAAUCAUGUUUAGUUUUCAUAUUUGAAAUGACAAGUUGUUGAUCUGAUUGAGUGAGAUUGUGAACUACCUUUGCUAUCUGGUAAAUGAAAAAUAUAAUUUUAUGCUUGGGAAUGUACCUCCGUGGUAGAGCACUUGCCGCAUAAGGCCCUGGAUUCUAUCCCCAGUACCAGAAAAAAAGAAAAGAAAAGAAAAAGAUUUUAAUUAGAUAUAUUUCUUAUCAAAAUAGUUAAUAAUAGUCUGUCACAAGUAACUAGAGCAAAAUUUAAUACCAGUGGGAAAGGAUUGAAAAAUCUUACAUUUCUGAAUAAAUUUUAAAAGGGAGCAUUUUAAGUGCUUUUCUUCCUGCAGUCUUUUGGCAGCAUUACAGGACUAUAACAUUAUUCUCUACUUAAUCCUCUAAAUUCUUAGCAUUUAAAAGUCAACACCCCUGGCUUGACUCCAAGAAUCUGAUCACUAGGUCCACGGAGAUUUGAAAGUGUAUCGAUUACUUUGCCAUUGCAAUGUCUUCCUCAAAGUUUCACAAAAAAUAAAUAAACAAAAAGGAAAUAACAGAAAACACACAAGAGAAAAGAGAAACAGGUUUGGCAGCACAUGGCUUUAUUAUUGGGAGGUUGAGAUGGGAAGAUUCUGAGUUAGGGCACAGCUGUGGCUACAUAGUGAAUUUCAGACUAGCCUGGCUAAUCUAGGAAGACCCUAUCCCAAAAGGAGGGGGAAGAAGAGGAGGAAGAGCAGCAGCAGCAGCAGCAGCCAGACGUGGUGGUGUACACAGGAGUCUCUACACUCAUGAGGCGAGAGGCAGGCUAAUCUUGAGUUCAAGGCCAGCCUGGUCUACAUAUCAAAUUCCAGUCCAGCCAGAGCUACACAGUGAGAUACUGUCUUUAAAAAGAAAAAGAGAAGGAGAGCGGGGGGAGAAAAUAAAAAGAAACUGUGAAAUGAAAACAUUCAAAGGCCAGUUUCUGCUAAGAAGAGGAAGGCCUCAACUCAACAGUUCUUGUGAACAGCCUGUACACAUUCUAGUUAACACUGUGAUUUGCUGCAAUCCUUGGGUGGUUUCAACAGUCAUUUCUCCCACUUACCUUUGUAAAAUUACCUAAUUAAAUUCCAUGAAUCCUUACUUACCGCUGUCAUUAACAUGCAUUACCUCCCUUAGUAAGUCUAAAAGGUUAUUUUAUAGAGGAAAAAAAAAAAAAAAUAUAUAUAUAUAUAUAUAUAUAUAUAUAUAUAUAGAGAGAGAGAGAGAGAGAGAAAGGUAUAAUAAUAAGUCAUUUCAAAAUCAGAAAAAUACAAAAAUACAGAAGAUUUUUUAAAAUAUAAUUAGUGUAUUCUUAAUUUGUCAUAUACACACCUGCAUAAAUGUUGUACUUAUAUGAAUAUACAUGUAUGAAAUUUAGAUACUUGAUACAUGAAGAAGAGAAUAGAAUUAGUCCAUAAUUUUAACUUCACUUUCUCUCCUAAAGAAGUUAUUUCUUAUCAUCAAACAAUUCUAGAUUACUGUUGAUACAUAACAAAACUUUCCUGAGCAUCUUUAAUUGCCUAAAAUUAACAAACACGUACAGUCCAUGCCCUCCAGUUUACAGCUUAGCAGAUGAUUCAUGUUUAGGUGAUUGUGUUCCCACAUGAAAUCCAGUUUCACAGAGUGGGCUAGUCUGUUGUCUGAGAUCUCCAAAGUCCUUUUCUGUCCCUUAGACUCAAGGUGUUUAUUUUCAUCCUUUAAUCUAGUAUCUGAAUUCUACCAGGUAACUCCUAAACAUUCUGGCUUAAAAUUACAAUAGCUGCCUGAAAUUAGUGACAGUGUAUGAAGAUAUUUCCACUUCAAAAAAGAAAAAGAAAGAUGAAUGAAAAAAAUUUAUAGACAAAAUCAUGUUUAUUAAUAAAAAUGACUUUAAAAAAAUAGGAACUCUCUCUAAGUAGCCCAGGUUGGUCUCAGGAUCACAGUCCUCCUAUCUUGGCUACCUAUGAAGUGGUCAUUUUUAACUGUUCUGUUUCACAUUUUCGACCCUAGCCUCUAUUUAAGCCAAAACAACAUCCUGCUUGGUAAAAGCCUACUGCUGGUCUGAGUCUAUUCACAAUGGAACCUGCUGACAAAGAUAUGACUGGAUAGUUUUUCUUAUAAUUAUUUUACAUGUUACUGAAUCUGAAACAGAUUGAGGUGGCAUGUCAAGUCAAAACAACAGCCUUUCAGAAUGAAGACACAGAACACCGACAGCCCGAGGUGAAGGUGCAAAGGUAUAUCAUAAUCCCCACCCUUUUGCUGUUCUUCUCUGCCUUAAAUGCCUUCUAGGGUUCAAUGCAAGAAAAGGUGGAUUCUUUGAGAAUUUGCACAUAGAUGUAAUGGUCAAGGUCAACCCUAUUCCUGUCCCCUCGACCCCUCCUCUAGAUCCCCAGCAUUAUUCCUUCCCAACUCCAGAUGUUCUGCAAAGGGUAGGAUCCUAUUUGCACAAAAAAGGUAGUUGGUAACCAGGAGCAAGGACAAAUUCUCUACCAUUUAUUAUGUCCAUGUCCCCUGCAUGUAGUCAGAAAUAGCUAGGUUCCAGGCAUUUCUGUGAUCACAUCUCCUUUUGCUUUUUUAUUGUCCCUUUGUGUUUGCUACCUUCUGAACUAAACUUCCAGGGAACCUCGACUACUGCCUAUAAAACACA